ACUAUUUCAAAAAAAGUUUGGAUUUUUGUUAAAGAAAGAAAUCGCACCUUUUUCUUCAUUUUCACAACAAUUCGCCAGUACUCACUCCUCAUCCUCACUGCACAAUAUACGGAGUACUUCGGAAGAGAGAAAGUAGGGUAACAAUUACAAUGGCUUUACGGUUGUUCGCUUCUAGGGCCGCCUCACGACUUGGGAUCUCUCUUCUUCCCAGAUCAUAUGCUACUGUUGUUGGGGACUUGAAGUACACUGACUCACACGAGUGGGUGAAAGUGGAGGGUAAUUCAGCUACAAUAGGCAUAACUGAUCAUGCUCAAGAGCAUUUAGGUGAUGUAGUUUAUGUUGAGUUGCCAGAAGAGGGAGCUGCUGUUUCUCAGGGAACAGCUUUUGGUGCAGUUGAGAGUGUGAAGGCAUCGAGUGAUGUUAAUUCCCCUAUUUCUGGUACCGUGACUGAGGUCAACAAUGAAGUCGGUGACUCCCCAGGAUUGGUAAAUUCUAGCCCGUAUGAGAAGGGAUGGAUCAUUAAGGUGGAUUUGAGCAGUUCAGAUGAGCUUAACUCCUUAAUGGAUGCUGAUAAAUACAGCAAAUUCUGCGAGGAAGAAGAUGGCAAGCAUUAAGCUGAACCAAAUCUAAGCAUAAUUUUGAAUGGUUGUCUUGCUAUUCAGAAACUAUAAACGUUCUUGCUGGUAUGAAACUAUUAGGGAAAGAAACUAUCACCGAGAAGUAAAAAUGUUAAAGCUUUGUUCUUCUAUGUACUUGAGAUCUUCAUUCUUUUAGUCAGUGUUGGAGGAGACCUCAAAUGAAUGAUUUUUUCGCAUGAAUAAUUCAGUAAAUGAGUUGUGUUUGUGUUGA